AUGGCAGCCGAAGAACAACCGCAACAGCCAUUUCCCCCCCUCCUCCCCGAAGGCCUCUCUAUAGGCCCCUCGCAGGUGUUGCUGCCGUGGAUACCUCCUUCUCACACUGCGCAGUUCCCUGCGGUGCGGGCGCAGCUGCAGCUCGAAGGGAGCAAGGGCAGCUUGGAAGGCCACGAUAUUUGUUUCUAUUGGGCAGUUCAGAAUCCGCAGGUGCUCUCUCUGCUUCACCCCGACUGCUCUCCCGUACAUCCGGCUGCUCUUUGCCGCAUAGAUGGUGGUCAGUCGUCAUCAUUGGAGGCAAGACGCAAGUCUGUAGGGGCGGCGGCAUCGGGGAGCACCUGCUUCUCGCGCGUGCUCGUGGAAGCGCUUCCACAAAGCGUAGGACGCCGCGCUUCCUCGUGGAUUUUCGCAUCCGAAGAGACGAGUUUCAGCUCUGAUGUCUCCUCAGAGGGGUCGCCUCAGUACUUGCAAGCGUCGGGCAGGGCCUUUCGCUCCCAAGUGCUGGUAGCUCCCAUCGUGCAGCUCUCGUUUUCCACGCGAGACAAGCGGCUGGCGAUUGGGCAGCUUGGCGACGUGAGCUUGAUCGCCUACGACGCAGAAGGCAAUGUCUUCUCUUCGCUGGAGGGGCUUCCCUUUGUUUGGGAUGUCGAAGGAGAGGGCCACAUCGUGCAAGUAGAACCUGUCGAGGCAGAUGCCGUGGCAGGAACGCAGGCGCGUCGCUUAGUAGAGGAAGUCGGGGCCAAAGAGGAGCAGCAGCGGGGGGGGAAAAUGCGAUGGCGAUCAGACGCCAUCGUUCUUAGAGGCAAGAGCACAGGCAAGGCGACUGUAAGGGCGCGCCUCGCUGUUGCUGAGUAUGGGGAAGUGCCCCCCGCGGAGGUUCACUUUGUUAUUCACGAGCUGGUGGCUCUCAGUCCUGCAGUCCUCCUCGUGCCUCCCGCGGCAGUCUUCUCCUUAAGACUUCUCAGACUCUGGGAGGAUGGACGCCAGGAGCCUCUUCCCUUGCCAAAUCCUGCAUUCCAUUGGCACGCUGAGGAUGUUUCCGUCGUGUCUACGUUGAGUGGCCCUCUCGCAGUGCCUUCCGAAGGCGCCUCUCAGUUGCUUCAAGUGACGGACGGGGGUGUAGUGACAGCCAGUGGGCAGCUCGAGACUGCGGAGGGCAUGGAGGUGCUCACUGGUCGAGCGCUCGUUGUUUGCAGCGACUUGCGAAUCGGCGAGAAGCAGCAGGCGGAUGUCGCUGUGGUUGUGCCUUCUGCGUUGAGGCUCCUCUACGAGGAUACGGAGGGGCUGUCAGCGCAGGCAAUCUGGAAGCGCAUGACAGCGGCAGCUUCUACUGCAGCAGCAGCUUCUGCUGCAGGUUCUACUGCAGGAAAAGGCAGCUCGAACGCAGCAGGGGACGCUGGCACGAUGGCAGAGAAGGCAGUGCUGCUGCGUCUGCUGCAGCUGUCUGAGGAGCCGCAGAUAGAAGAUGGCAGAAGUGGCGUGGAGGUGUCGACGGUUUUGCCUCCUUUGCGGCUUUCCGCAACGCCACACGAUAAGCGCAGCUCAGAAGGCCGUAAGGGGGGGCUGCUCUAUUUGGUUAAAGGCUACGAGUAUCUCUUCAAGGCGGAGCUUUUGGGCAGUCUCGCAGAAAGGGGAGAUGCAGGAGCUCUGGAGGACGGUGUCAGCCGAUUACUUUUGCCGUCGAAUGCCGUCCUGCAUUGGACUUGCAAAGACGCGGGAGAGGCUCCUUCGUCGGAGAAUGGGAGGCUCUCAUGUCCUCUCGAGAAGUCUGUAGCCUCGCAGCAGGCCUAUGCGUUAUUCCGAGCCAGCGCCUUGGGCGAGGGGAUGCUGCAAGUCUCACUGCUGCAAAUCGGGAGCUCUCCAGCACCUGUAUGGCGAGGCUUGGACCCUCCAACGGCAACGGUGAAGGUUCGAGUAGUGGCGCCAGUGGCCUUUCGCCUGCUGCCAACUCUAGAGACUCUGGAAAAACCGAGUGCUACGGGGGCAUUUCACAGGAUGCAUCAGCGGAGAAUGAUUCGCAGGCUUACUGUGCCUCUUUUCAUCGCGCCUGGUUCGCGCAUCUCUCUAGAACCCGUGGGAGGUUCAGGAGAGUACGGGCUGUCUUCUUCGGAUCCGUCUGUCUGCACGAUCACUGCCGCUUCUCCCCGAGGUGCUCCGUUCUCUUCCUCUGGCCUUCUUAGUCGCAUCGCGACAGCACCCACAGAGCUCUUCACAGUGCAAGGAGGGCAUGCUGCAGGGGUAGCCUCGCUGUUGCUGUGGGAUCUGAGGCAGCCGCAGAAUGCUGUGCUGCUCACCGUCGUCGUGGCACCGCCCUCCUCCCUUGAAAUGAGGCUGCAGCACUUCCUGCUGCCCCUCGUCAAAGAGACACACCCGAGCCAUAAGAAAACUGGGGCCUCAUUCGCCGAGACUACCGCAGUCGCUAUUGCCUUCGCAGAUCUCUCUGAGUCGUUGCCUUUGCUCCCCGAAGCCUCUCGACUCUGGCUGCAGAGCAGCGGAGGGGAAGGCGAGAGAAAAGAGGCCUCUUGGGGUUCAGCCUCGGGGAGUGCAGCCUUUCCCGCAUGGCCUCAGACUCUGGAGGCUGCGCGGGAGUAUAUGCGUGGGGUUGUUGUUGCUGCCGAGGAAGGCAUUCAAGAGGGAAGCUCAGACGCGGAAGAAGAUGCAGCGAUCGCCUCGAUGCCUCAUCGGCAGCCUUUGCAUCCUUUUUGGAUUAGCUCCGUGCAGCUGGCGAGCUGCCCGGAGGCGCAGUUUGCGGUCGAGGGAAAUUCGGUGGUCAUCACCACAAAGGGUGAAGCGACUAUCCCGUACACAUGUGGCGUGGUGUCUCUAAGGGGCAUCCGGAAAGGCUCAGCCUCUCUUACGGCCACUAUACACCAGCACGCGCAGCAGCGGCUGCGAGCCACUGCUCGUCUUGACGUGUAUCUUCCCCUGGAGCUGUGGAUGCUCAUGUCCUCUCCCGUCCUUCCCUUGCCACAGCCUGCCCGCCUCAGCAGCAGUCGCAUGGCUCCCCUGCUGCAGCGUCUUACUGAAGAUCCCCGAACAACCACCAGCGCGACACCAUCGGGCGCAGCGGAGGCGGCUCUGCGUGCGCAUCUAGACCUUCAGCCACCAGGGGGGCCCUCUGCAAAUUCAGAGACUCUCCUGCAGUACGGUGCUCCCGUCGCGGCUAUCACUAGGGGCAGCAGUAGUAGCAGCAGCAGCAGCAGUAGCAGCAGCAGCAUUCAGGGAGAGAUCGCCGUAGUUGUUGGGGGUUCUGUGGCUUUCUUCACAAAGGAAGGCCCCCCCAUCCGUCCCGAGGUGUAUCGGCACGUGUUUACGGCAACGCCGCUGUCUCAGACUUCUGCAACAGGAGCAGCAGGAGCAGAUGCUACAGCAGCAGGAGCAGCAGGAGCCACAGGCGAAGAGGAGGCCUCUGUGGUGGCUGUGGUGUCUGAAGCCAGUGGUUCCUUAACACGCGUAAUUUGUCUCCAACCCAGCCGCAUCCCCGUCGCGAUCCAAUUUCGCAGUCUACAGGAGUCAAAGCAACCUGCCAUCACAGCAUCUCGAGAAGACACGGCCUCGCUGCUGAUUUCCUGUGGGCUGCCGGAGAUGGUGGAGCUGCGUGCCUUGCCGUCUCUUUCGCAGCCUUAUAUGGACAUGAACUUUGGAGCUGCCGCGGAAAAAGUAGUCCCUUCGCUUGCUCGAAAGUCUCUUGGAGGGCUGCCAGUGCCUUCAGCGACUUUGACUGCCGCAAAGGCUCUCACGAUAUCGCUGCCACGCCUCGAGGAAAUGCGGCAGGAAGCGGAGAAGGCAUCGGAGGGGCUGUUUCUGCAGUGUGGAGCACUGCACGUGUUUUCUGUCUUCGCGUAUGACGCCAAGCUGCGGGCGUUGCACGGAACGGAUGCCUUUGCAACGCAGUGGGAGUUUGAGCCAGUCGAUUCUGCUGCGGCUGCGCUGACUUCGCGACAGCAACAAAAAGAGGUGUCGACGAAGCCGAUUUGGCAGGUGCUUCCUCACGCAGCUUCAGAACGCCACGAGGCUUUCAGUAGAGGAGCCUCCUUGGGAGUUCUUGCAGUGCCUCCUUCCCUCUGUUGCGGAGCCUUCACUUUGCGAGCUGUCAUCUCCCCUCCAGAACGGCCUCAUGUUGCUCGUCUCAAGGAAGCGCUUCCUUCGGCAGCGUGGGCUACUCUCGAAGCCUCUCUGUCGCGCUGGAGGGAAGCAGCAGACGCGGGAAGGGAGCAGCAGCAGCAACUGCCUCUGUGGAAGCAGGGGCACACGCAAGACAGCCUGACGCUGUUGCUGUCGCCUCCCCUCAGACUUCUGCCAUCUUCUGCGGCGCUGCUGCCAGGCUCUACAGCUGCAGCAGCUGCCCAACCUGCUGCAGCAGCUGCCCAACCUGCCGCAGCAGGAGCUCAACAGCGGCGUGAGAUCGAGACAGUGCGUCUUCUCUACCUCCCCGGGCAUAUAUCCCGUCUGCUGGUGCAGUUCGGCAGUCCAGACACGGAGGCUUUUCAUAUCGCCGCUUCUCCGUCUGCUCCAACAGCCGCAGCAGGAGGAGGAAGCCUUCGUGCAGGAGGCAUGCGCCUUGUAGUGCAUGGGGAGCUGGUGGGAGCUUCUCGCAGCGCGACGACUCCUUCGUUGGCGUGUCUCUCUCCCGCGGAAGCCGCCGCGCGCUUCGCCGUGCUCAAAGGCGGCCUCCUAGAUGCUGCUUCGGGAGCAGGAGCAGACGUUCUGCCGGCUGUAGAAGAUGCUGCAUGUGUAGGACUGAAGCUCUGGGAAGACCUCGUGUCUCUCCCACUGGCUUUCCCACCUUACGCAUUCUCGAGAGACCCCUUCACGCCUUCGUGCCCCCUCAGCGUUCGGGAGCUUUUCAUUCCUUCCCCCCCGCUGCCUGCUGCUGCUGUAGAGGACCCCUUGCUGCAGCAGCAGCUGCAGCAGCAGCGACUGCCCACGCUGCUUUUAGAGGCUUCGGAUACGCGGCUUUUGAGCCCCUGGCAAUCCCUGGAUGCCUCCAGCAGCAGCAGCAGCAGCAGCAGCAGCAGCAGCAGUGGCAGCAGUGGGCCUCCUCCCCAGCUCGUUGCAAGGGUUCAGUUCGUGCGGCUGCGAUCUGUGCGGCUCGUGUUGCUGCCGACACCGCUGUCUGUUUCUCUCAGCGGGGUUAAGACAGGAGGAGCUGGGGAGGGAGGCGAGGAGAAGCGGGAAGGGCACUUUGCGUGCUCAGGAGGAGAGGAGGCGUCUGCACAGCAACACGGCUCGGCAGAGAUUGAGGCUGGCAAGAUCUAUGGCGUGCGAGUGGACCUUAUUGCGGAUGACGGAGCGCCCGUGGAUCCUCGGUAUUUUAGCGCCGUGCGUCUGUCUCUCACAGCGAGGAGGACUGCAGAAGGCGGUUUCAACACAGAGGCCCCUCUUGCUGCGGCUUCGUACGGUGCGACAGUGCCUUCAGAAGAGGCGACUUUGCCCGCACUCUUCGGGCUCCCCGAGGGUUGGAAUCGCCUUUCUUCGCUCUCCAUCGAGGAAGCAGGCUGCGCUCACUUUUUCCUCGCCGCCUCCGACGUGCAAGGCUCCUUUGUGCUGCAUGCUGAGGCGCAUGAGGCCCCUCCCGCGUACGCGGAUGCAGCAGCGGCGGCGGCGCUUGGAGCAGCGGCGAUAACGACGCACUUGACAGUUCGCAUCCACCCGCCCUUGCAGUUAGUCCCUCGCGAGCUGGUGCUGCUUCCGGGGGGGCAUUCCUUCGAGCUGACGCUCCGAGGGGGGCCCGAGGAAGCUCUUCUGAACGCGGAGAGUGGUCGGGGGGGCAGUGGAGCUGUCGGCGACGGUGUUAGUCACAGCAGCAAGAGCGAGAAAGACGGCAACAGCAAGGAGGAGGAAUACAGCAAGCGCUUCGCAGUCGAGGACGCCCGCGUGGCACGACUGUCUAAGGCGUUCCCGCAGCUGCUCCUGACUGGCGAGGAGGGAGAGACGCGGGUGUUCGCGAGGUUGUUGCAGCAUUCUGCUGGUGGGAAGAAGCUGUUGGCGGAGGCUGUCAUACCCGUGGUGGUUGCGUUGCCGCGGUCUGGAGCGAUUCGGCAUGGGCCGCCUCUGCCUCCGCUGGGCGGCACGGGAGUCGCACGCGGUGCCUCUCUGCAGAGGAGCGAUGGCUGGCAAGCCACCCUUCCUUCCCCAGCGGCUCGUGUGGGGUACAGCAGGGCAGCCAUGGUGGCUGCCGGAGCGGCGAGUGGAGAGGGCAGUGGCGGGGAGUUGCAGCACAGCUCUACGAUCGUCUACCUAGGCCAUGUAGUGCCCCUGCAUGCAGCACUGUUUGACAAGGAGAACCGCCAGUUCACCCCUCCACACCUCCUGCUGCCUACGGGGCCUCUAAGGAAUGCAGCCUUGGCGAGUCGCAACAGCGAGGAGGAGGCGCAGAGAGAGCUCCAUUUUGGUAGGUGUGGCUUGCGUGUCGAGGAGUCUGCGCAUUGUGCUCUUGGAUUGAUGCCGCAUGCUGGAGCUGUGCAGUGUCAGUUCAGCUGGGAGGUGAGGGGCAGCUCGGGGGCGCUGCUUUUGGCCCCCCUUGACGCGCCGGAUGGAGAACCUGCGUUCGUGAACGCACUGUCUCCUCCAGCAGCAGAUGCAGCGGGAGAAGAGGCUGGCGAGGAGGACGGCAGCAGCAGCUGGCAAGGCUUCUCGCGGAGGCACUUGAAGGGGCAGACGCAGUUGCAGGCACGGGGGCUUGCGGAGGUUCUGCUGCUUGGAGCGUCGGAGGGUGAAGCUCGAGUGGCGCUCACUGUUGCCUGCUUCCGAAACAAUCGGCCUGUGGUGUCGUUUUCUGCUGGAGAGCUGUCAGUACACGUGCUGCCUCUACCCCAGCCAAAAUCCCUCACUGCCCUUGCGGCUUCUGGUCUCACCGGCGUUAUCUCCACAGUGUCACCCUUUUUAAAGACUCGCGUCAUACCUCCCCUCCUCGUUGCGAAUGGCUUGUACCUGCUGCCUGGCUACACUGUAGAUCUCCUGGAGCAGGAAGCUGCCGAGACAGCAGCGGCGACAACAACAAGGUCUGCGACGCCUUUGUCAGCAGAGGAGGAAUCCCGCGAAGCUUGCUGCGCUGCAGUAGCAGCAACAGCAACAGCAGCAACAGCAACAGCAGCAGCAGCAACAGCAACAGCAGCAGCGGCAGCGUGCUGCGAGGGCUUUGCAGCGGACUGCUGCGAGUGGUCAAGAAGGGCAGCAGCGGCUGCAGCAGCAGCGAGCUCCGCUGUAUUCGUCUUGUCGGGUUCUUCAGGAUUUAUUGCAUCUCCCAUCCCAGGGCAGAAGGGAGAAAUCCGACUGACGACGAUUUCCGAUGCGAGUAGAGACCCUCAACAACACUCAAAAAGAGCCUCCACACGCGUUUCUUCCAUCCGCAGCAGCAGCGUGCUGAUGGCUGUCGAGACAGCACGUGUGCAGACGAUACAGCUCUCUCCUUCCCCGCACUUGCUGCCUCUCGGAGCGCAGAAGGAGUUGCAGGUUCUUCUCCGAGAUUCCAGAGGGCGUAUCCUCGCCACGCCAUCGUCUAUCGCGUAA